CCGUUCACAUUACGGUAUUUUCUGCUUUCUUCUUCAUCUUCCGCUUUGUCUUAAACCUUGAACUUUCUCAUGUUCACACUUCUGCUUCUGUAAAAGAUUUCUGCACCGCGAUUCUUCCAUUUUAUAUAUGCUUUCCGAUCGUAAAGUUGCUGAAUUGCUUUAACAACUUGACUUUUCUGGGCGAAAUGGCAAUAUGGCCAGCUUGCAACCUCAAAAAACGGUUUUGCUUGAUGCUAAUAUAUUGUUUUGGCAUCUUCCUUGUAAGUUCGAUUAAUGAAGAUGGUUCAAAUCUUUUGCGGUUCAAAGCUUCUCUUGCUGACACACGAAAUUAUCUUCACAACUGGAAUGCUUCUGAUUUUACCCCUUGCAAUUGGAAAGGUGUGCAUUGUGAUGAUUCAAUGGUAACUUCCGUAAAUCUUCAUCAGCUUAAUCUGUCUGGUGCUUUAUCUCCCACCAUCUGUAACCUUCCACGGCUAGUUGAGUUGAAUCUGUCGAAAAAUUUCAUUUCUGGUCCUAUUCCUGUGGAUUUUGUUAACUGUCGUAGUUUAGAGAUAUUAGACCUUUGCACAAAUAGGUUCCAUGGGGAACUUCUGAUUCCUUUCAGCGAAAUCACCACACUAAGAAAGCUUUAUGUCUGUGAAAAUUUCAUGCAUGGUGAAGUGCCUGAAGAGAUUGGGAAUUUAACUUCACUUGAAGAGCUAGUUAUUUAUAGCAACAACUUAAUAACCGGGAGAAUUCCCACAUCAAUCAGUAGGUUGAAGCAGCUUAAAAUCAUCAGGGCAGGUGUUAACAGCAUCUCAGGUCCAAUACCUGCGGAAAUAAGCCAGUGUGAGAGCUUGCAGAUAUUAGGAUUCUCACAGAAUCAGCUAGAAGGGUCCAUUCCAAGGGAGCUUCAGAAGCUUCAGAACCUUACUGAGUUAAAUCUAUGGCAAAACUUUUUAUCUGGUGAGAUUCCUCUUGAGAUUGGAAAUCUUAGUAGCUUGCAAUCGCUUGCUUUGCAUCAUAAUUCAUUUGGUGGAGCCCUCCCCAAGGAGCUUGGAAAGUUAUCAAAUUUACAAAGGUUGUACAUAUACACUAACCGCUUGAAUGGCUCCAUUCCGGUGGAGCUAGGGAACUGCACAAAUGCUAUUGAGAUAGAUCUGUCUGAAAAUAGUUUAAGUGGAAAUAUUCCCAAAGAGUUGGGUCAGAUCUCUGGUCUUACAUUGCUUCAUCUAUAUGAAAACCUUCUGCAGGGAGAGAUACCUCAAGAGCUUGGGAAGUUAAAGCUCUUAAAGAAGUUAGACCUGUCCAUAAAUAACUUAUCAGGUACAAUUCCGCUAGUGUUUCAAAAUCUUACAUACAUGGUGGAUUUGCAGUUGUUUGAUAAUCAACUUCAGGGUAAAAUUCCUCCUUAUCUUGGAUCUAAUAGCGACCUUACAGUUCUUGAUAUAUCGAUGAACUAUUUUAUUGGUAUGAUACCUCCCCAUCUUUGCCGCAAUCAGAAAUUGCAGUUCCUCAGUCUUGGGUCAAAUAAGUUGCUUGGCAAUAUUCCUCAUGACCUGAAAAUGUGCAAGCCUCUUGUGCAGCUAAUGCUGGGAGACAACCAACUGACAGGAAGCUUCCCUCUUGAAUUACAUGAACUUCAUAAUCUUUCUGCCCUCGAACUUCAGGAGAACCGGUUCUCAGAACUAAUAGACCAUGGGAUAGGUCGACUCAAGAAUUUAAAGAGGCUGCUCUUAUCAUAUAAUUAUUUUGUAGGCUAUCUUCCUCCUGAGAUUGGGAAUUUAACACAGCUUGUCUCAUUCAACAUUUCCUCUAAUUUUCUCAGUGGAAGUAUACCUCAUGAGUUGGGAAACUGCAUAAAACUCCAGAGGCUUGAUCUGAGUAGAAAUGAGUUCACUGGUGAUCUUCCAGAUGAUAUUGGCAAGCUGGUGAAUCUGGAGCUGUUGAAACUUUCAGAUAAUAGACUCUCUGGAACAAUACCGAGUGCUUUAGGGGACCUUUCACGUCUUACAGAUUUGGAACUCGGGGGUAACUUAUUUUUUGGGAGCAUUCCUUUUCAUUUAGGACAAUUAGCUGCUCUUCAGAUUGCUCUUAACCUGAGUUAUAACAAACUUUCUAGUACAAUUCCUGACAGCCUUGGGAGCUUGCAAAUGUUGGAAAGUCUUUAUUUAAAUGACAAUCUGCUUGUUGGUGAAAUUCCUACAUCAAUUGGUGACCUUCCCGGUCUCUUAGUAUGCAAUGUUUCCAACAAUAAACUGGUAGGGGUCAUUCCAGACACACCGGCAUUUCGUAAGAUGAAUUUUACAAAUUUUGCUGGAAACAAUGGGUUGUGUCGAGUAGGUUCAUAUUAUUGUCAUCCAUCUCAUACUCCAAGCUGGUCUAGUGAUGGUUCAUCAAAACAAAAGAUAGUGAGCAUUGUUUCUGCGGUGGUGGGAUUUGUUAGUCUAUUUAAUUAA